CGUGCUGGCUGUGUGUCACAUGCACAAACAGAGAAAGAACACGAGCAUCCAGGAGAAGCCGGGGUAAAGACCCAGGGCUCCCCAAACCAUGGCUAAUGUUGCCAAGAAAGUGUCGUGGUCAGGACGGGAACAUGAAGAAGAUCGGGAGAACACACCGUUACUGAAUGGGAGCAAAUACGGCGCUGCACAGCACACUAAAGAGGGUCCUACUCAAAACUUUUUUCGCAUUGGCCAGCUGAGUACAGUAGACCUUGAAGAUGAAAACCAAGAUCAGGAAACAGAACUUUCUUCCAGCUUUACAAAAGAAAUUCCACACAAUGAACACCUCCUUUCACUCAAGUAUGAGAGCCUGGAUUAUGACAAUAGUGAAAAUCAAUUAUUUAUGGAAGAGGAACGAAGUAUAAACCAUGAUGCAUUUCGAACUGUGGAGCUUACCCGUUGGAUCAUCUGUGGAAUGAUUGGAAUUCUGACAGGGCUCAUUGCUUGUUUUAUUGAUAUCAUGGUGGAGAAAUUGGCUGGUGUCAAGUACCAAGUCAUUAAAAACAAUAUUGACCAGUUCACUGAGAAAGGAGGACUUUCCUUCUCUUUGUUACUUUGGGCAACACUGAAUUCAGCCUUUGUCAUGGUUGGUUCUCUUAUCGUAGCUUUUAUUGAACCGGUAGCAGCUGGCAGUGGAAUACCACAGAUUAAGUGCUUUUUAAAUGGCGUAAAGGUUCCGCAUGUUGUAAGACUGAAGACAUUGGUGGUUAAAGUUUGCGGUGUCAUAUUGUCUGUGGCCGGGGGCCUUGCUGUUGGAAAGGAAGGUCCUAUGAUUCACUCUGGAGCUGUUGUUGCAGCUGGUAUUUCUCAAGGAAGAUCAACUUCUCUCAAGAGAGACUUCAAGAUCUUUGAGUACUUUCGCAGAGACACAGAGAAGAGAGAUUUUGUGUCUGCAGGUGCUGCAGCUGGAGUUUCAGCAGCUUUUGGUGCCCCAGUUGGUGGAGUGCUUUUUAGCUUGGAGGAAGGUGCUUCCUUCUGGAAUCAACUAUUAACUUGGAGGAUAUUCUUUGCCUCCAUGAUAUCAACCUUUACGCUGAACUUUUUCUUAAGUAUUUAUCACAACAAGCCUGGAGACCUAUCCAACCCAGGAUUGAUCAACUUUGGAAGGUUUGAUACAGAAGAAAAUAGUUACAACAUUUUUGAGAUUCCAAUCUUUAUAGGCAUGGGGGCAGUAGGAGGAAUGCUUGGAGCGGUGUUCAAUGCAUUAAACAAUUGGCUCACUAUGUUUCGAAUAAGAUAUGUUCAUCGACGCUGUCUACAAGUAAUAGAAGCGAUGCUGGUGGCAGCGGUUACUGCAGCUGUGGCUUUUAUAAUGAUUUACUACUCUACCGACUGCCAGCCAUUGCGUGAGGGGUCUGUAGAGUUUCCUUUGCAGCUUUUUUGUGCAGAUGGAGAAUACAAUGCUAUGGCAUCAGCAUUUUUUACCACUCCAGAGAGAAGUGUGCGCAGCCUUUUUCAUGAUCCUCCUGGUUCCUUCAAUCCUCAAACCUUGGGCAUGUUUACCAUCUUGUAUUUUGUUUUAUCUUGCUGGACAUAUGGACUUACAGUUUCUGCUGGUGUAUUUAUCCCGUCACUUCUGCUUGGAGCUGCAUGGGGAAGACUCUUUGGAAUUCUGCUAGCACUUCCAAGUGGAGUUUCAUGGGCUGAUCCAGGAAAAUACGCUCUGAUGGGAGCAGCGGCGCAACUUGGUGGUAUCGUGAGGAUGACAUUGAGUUUGACUGUUAUUAUGGUGGAAGCUACAGGAAAUAUCAGCUAUGGUUUCCCAAUUAUGCUUGUCCUUAUGACUGCUAAAAUAGUUGGUGAUUUCUUUGUAGAGGGUCUUUAUGAUCUCCAUAUCAAGCUGCAAAGUGUUCCAUUCCUACAUUGGGAAGCUCCAGUAACAUCACAUUCACUCAUAGCUAGGGAAGUAAUGAGCACUCCAGUGACUUGUCUACGGAGGCGAGAAAAAGUUGGUAUUGUUGUGGACAUUCUGAGUGACACAUCCUCCAACCACAAUGGAUUCCCCAUUGUAGAGAACAAUGAUGAAAUUAACCAGCCAGCCAGAUUGUGUGGACUGAUACUUCGAUCCCAAUUGAUAGUUCUUCUUAAACACAAGGUGUUUGUUGAGAGAGAAAAUCUGAGUGUAAUUCAAAGGCGUCUGAAGUUAAAAGAUUUCAGGGAUGCUUACCCACGCUUUCCACCAAUCCAGUCAAUCCAUGUUUCCCAAGAUGAACGAGAUUGCCUGAUGGAUCUUACGGAUUUUAUGAACCCAACUCCGUACACUGUACCUCAGGAAGCUUCCCUGCCAAGAGUUUUUAAGCUAUUCCGUGCCCUUGGUCUAAGACAUCUGGUUGUGGUGGAUUGUAAGAACAGGGUUGUGGGACUGGUGACAAGAAAAGAUCUGGCUCGGUACAGAAUAGGAAAACAUGGCUUAGAGGAAAUGAGUAUAGCACAGACGUGAUAUCCGUUAUUUCUAGAUCAAUUUUGAACUUUACAAGAACUAAACAUUACCCCAUGUGUAGACUCGCUUCUCCAACGCUGUCUUACGUUUUAACUUUCCGAAAAUACUGUAAAUAUUUUUAGCCCAUUUUUUUGUUUCUGCCAAUGUUACAACUUUCCUAAGUAACUAAUAAAAUCUGGCUUACAAUUCAUUUUAGUAGAAUUUAAUACAAUCUCUAAGAACUAUUUUUUUUUUUUGUCUCGAGGAAAGACAUUUUUUUUUUAUAAAUCGAAUAUUUUGCUAAGUCCAGGAUGUUUAUAUGUUGAAAAUUAUAUUUUGCACUGAAAUUUGCACUGGGUUUUAUGCAGAUAAUUGUCAGACUGAUUCUUUCAUUCUUUAAACUAUAAUAUAGAAAACAAUAUUUAAAGAUCUCAAUUUAUUAGGUAUAUGUAUAUUUGACGGUGCAUUCUUUUCCAAAGACCUUCCUCUUCAUCAGACAAUAGCUUAAAAAAAUAUGAAAUGUAUACUUUGAUGUAACAAAGGAAAGGCUACAUAUAUAUUAUAGUGCAGUAAACAUUUUAUACAAAAUAGUCUUAUUUUUUUUAAUUUAAGGGACAUGAAACCCAAUUUUUUUCUUUCGUGAUUCAGAUAGAGCAUGGAAUUUUAAGCAACUUUUUAAUUUACUCCUAUUAUCAAAUUUUCUUCAUUCUCUUGGUAUCUUUAUUUGAAAUGCAAGAAUGUAAGUUUAGAUGCCGGCCCAUUUCUGGUGAACAACCUUGGUUGUCCUUUCUGAUUGGUGGAUAAAUUCAUCCACCAAUAAAAAAGUGCCUUCCAUAGUUCUGAACCAAAAAAAAAAAGCUUAGACGACUUCUUUUUCAAAUAAAGAUAGCAAGAGAACGAAGAAAAAAUGAUAAUAGGAGUAAAUUAGAAACUUGCUUAAAAUGUCAUGCUCUAUCUGAAUCACAAAAGAAAAAAUUUGGGUUCAGUGUCCCUUUAAAGGGACAUGAAACCCAAUUUUUUUUCUUUCAUGAGUCAGAAUAUACAAUUUUAAACAACUUCGUAAUUUACUUAUAUUAUCAAAUGUUCUUCAUUCUCUUGUUAUCCUUUGUUGAAAAGCAGGGAGAUAAGCUCAGGCGUGUGCACGUGUCUGCAGUACUGUAUGGCAGCCGUUUUGCAACAUGUGUCUACAGCACUAUAUGGCAGAAGUUUUGCAACAGUGUUAUACAUUAGCAAGAGCACGAGAUGGCAGCACUGUUUCCUGUCACGUAGUGCUACAGAUGUGCCUGCUACCUACCUAGGUAUCUCUUCAACAAAGAAUAACAAGAGAAUGAAGCAAAUUUGAUAAAAGUAAAUUAGAAAUGUUUUUUAAAAUUGGAGUCUCCAACUGAAUCAUGAAGGAAUAAUUUGGGGUUUAAUUUCCCUUUUAAAAUAACAUGAAAGUAAAAAUUAAACUAAGGCAUGCCGUUUUAACAGUUUUUUUUUUUGUUCUCAUUAAAUAGCAGUGCACUACUGGGAGCUAGCUGGUGAUUGGUGGCUACACACAUAUGCCUCUUGUCAUUGGAUCACCAGAUGUGUUCAGCUAGCUCCCAGUAGUGCACUGCCGUUCUGGAGCUGACAUGAACUAUUUGUUUUAAAGGGGCAUUAAACACUAAAUACUCUUUAAUAGACAUAGCAUUUAGGGUGUCGCUUUACUGCUUUCCAGUGCUAUUGUGUUUGCACAUGUGCAGCAACUCUCCUUCAGAUACCAGCAGUGUAACCUAAGUUCCAAAAUGGCGGCACCCAUAAUUAGAUGGAGGUGCAUGACAUUUAUUUAGUGUUUGAUAGCCCUUUAACUCCUUUGCUGGAGGUAAAUACAUAGCUAUUUGCAAGCAACAUUGCAAUAAUAUAAUAGUAUAACACAGAACAUUUUCAUUUUGCACUUUUAAAUGUCCAAUUAAUGUGAAUGAACAGAAAACCAUUGGGCUAGUCAGUCAAACCAAUCAUUUUGGCAUUGUAGAGCAGAUAUCCUCAAAACUUGGCCCUUCAGUGGUUUUGGAACUACAUUUCCCAUGAUGCUCAGCCAGCUAUCAUGGGAAAUGUAGUUCCAAAACCCCUGGAGGGCCAUGUUUGAGGAUUUCUGUUGUAGAGUGCUUUUUGAAUUCAUACCAAUUUGAGAAGUGUCUUUAUUAGUCUGUAAGGAAAUGUUCUACCUCCUUAGCUAUCAAUUAGAGAGCUACAUUUUCAUAUUGGUAAUAGAUAAUGAGUGUGUACUAAAAUAUAUAUAUUUGAUGUCUAGACAACUCAUCAAGCAGUAAAUCAGUUACCAAUAAAAAUUGUUUGUGAGCAGAGCAUUUCUUCUUCAGUAGAGUAGGGGGGAUUGUUUGCUUCCUGAAUCAUUAACAAAUGCAAUUAAAUGUGACAUUAUUUAAUAAUUAAAUACUUUAAUUUUUUAGAUUCAUUUUCUAUUGUAUAAAUGCUUGUAUUUAAAGGGAUAUGAAACACAAUUUUUUUCCUUUCAUGAUUCAGAUAGAGCAUGCAAUUUUAAGCAACAUUCUAAUUGACUUCUAUUACCAAUUUGUCUUCGUUCUCUUUGUAUCGUUUUUAAAAAGCAGAAAUGUAAGCUUAGAAGCCGGCCCAUUUUUUUUUUGUUCAGCACCCUGGGUAGGGCUUGCUGGUAGGUGGCUACAUUUAGCUUACAGUCCCUCUUUUCAAAUAAAGAUAGCAAGAGAACAAAUAAAAUUUGAUAAUGGGAGUAAAUUAGAAAGUUGCUUAAAAUUGCUUGCUCUAUCUUAAUCAUGAAAGAAAAAAAUUGGGUUUCAUAUCCCUUUAAAUGUUUAACCCCACAAAGGGUUUAAAUACAUAUUUAAUAUCCUGCUUCUAAGCUGGGCCUUAACACUUACGAAGACGUGUACACCACUGAUUACCAGCCAUGUUAUGAGUGACAAUACAUUAAAGGGAUAGGAAAGUCAAAAAUAAAACUUGCAUUAUUCAGAUAGAUCGUGUCAUUUUAAGACACUUUUAAAUUCACUUCUAUUGUCAAAUGUACUUUGUUCUCUUGGUAUCCAUUGUUGAAAAAGAAUAUGUACAUAUGCUGCACUAGUCGGAGCUAGCUGCUGAUUGGUGCCUCCACUAGUUGGAGCUAGCUGUGAUUGGAUGACUAGAUGUGUUCAGCUACCUCUCAGUAGUGCUCCUCCAGCAAUGGAUGUCAAGGAAAUGAAGCAAAUUAUAUAAUAGAAGUAAAUAGGAAAGUUGCUUAAAAUUGUAUUCUUUAUCUAAAUCAUGAAAGAAAAAAAAUGUGUUUCAUGUCCCUUUCAAGGCUUGCGAGUGAAUAAUUAACACGUUAGAGCAGGGGUCAUCAAUUGUAAACCUCCAGAGGUUUAAGAAAUACAUUUCCCAUGAUGCUCAGCCAGCAUUUCAGCUGGCUGAGCAUCAUGGAAAAUGUAGUUCCAAAAUCACUUGCACUACUAUGUCCGUUUAUAUAUGUUAAAUCCCAUUAUAGCAGCACCCUCUGUGGCAUUUUAGGUGUAUAAACCUAUUCACAUCCGUGUACAAAUGCUCACUUGCUCUACAAUUUUGUGUUUAUGGUGCUAUUCCACUGAGAACCAAAUUUGUAAAGUAUUUUGUUUAAUGUGCUAAAAGCUUUGUAAUUGAAACAUUAAAAUGAAAUCCAAAAUUGAUAUUUCAUUUUUUUAAGGUACAUUUGAGAAGUUAUGAUCUCUUUAGUUUUUCUUUUUUUAUUCUUUAGUCUAUGCAGAGAUUUUCAGUCAUACUUUUUAUUUUAAUGCCGAAGUGUUUUGUAGUAAUUUGACUUUUUAAUCUAUCUUUUUGUCUUCUCUAUUAUGUUACAUAUUUUAGCUUAUUGUUUUGGUAAAAUAAUUUGGAGAGUUUAAUAAAAUUUAAGCAAAACAUUG